AUGGGAAAGAAAGUUAUUGCUAAAAGAGCACCACGUGAAAAGAUCCAUAAGCUUCCAGGAUAUCUUAGACCAUCAACUUGCUUUCAAGACCCCACUUUCACUCCCUCACCUUCUCCUCCUACCUCUCCUUCUCGCACUGCUCCCAUGGCGCGGACCAAGACCACGCCACGAUUCCCAGCCCCUGCCAAGCCGACGCCACCAUCUAAGGCAGCGCUAACCAAACCAAGUUCCUCGAAACCUAGUUCAUCCAAGGGUAAGUGUCUUGCUGUUGAAGACCCUGUUCCUGAGACAACAAAACCUAAGCCAAGGUCUGUUCCUGUGCGUUCACAAAGAGGUAAUCCUCAUCUCCCUCUCAAAUCUGUUAGAGAACCCGAUAUUGAUCCUUUUGCUCACAAAUCACACUUCAUGACAUCUCACUCAGACUAUAACCCCAUCGUUUCAAAUCUGCCAUGA